AUGCUGACUGCAUUCACCGCUCGGCCCCUCGUCGAGUUCCGACCUCGCGACAAGUCGAAGAUAGAGUCCAUCCUGACAUACGGAGAUAGGCUGCUGGUCGGACUGAAUACAGGGUCGCUACGUAUAUACAGAGUUAACGAAGCGAACGGAGAUGAGGGCGAGACGCGAGCGGGUGACCACACAGAGGCGCAGGAUGGUGCCGUGCAGCCAGCAACGACGCCCAAGCCCACGGAUUUAUUACGGGAGCUUGAGAAGUUCUCCCGGUAUAAGAUCGAGCAGCUAGCGAUUAUCAAGGAGGCUAAUAUUCUGCUCUCCCUGUCGAAUGGCCAUGUCUCAAUACAUGAUUUACAGUCCUACGAGCUACACGAGCAGUUGACACGCACCAAGGGUGCUACCACCUUUGCAGUCACAUCGAACAUCGAGAAGGACCAGGACACGGGCGUUCCAUCGAUAGUUUCUCGGCUAGCUGUUGCGGUGAAGAGGAAGCUUAUGUUAUGGACAUGGCAGGAUAUGGAGCUGGAGGACGAUGCUACAGAGAUCACGCUCGUAAGCGGGAUAAAGACGAUAACUUGGGCAAACGGAACCAAGCUUUUGGCAGGCCUUAGCUCGAGCUAUGUUAUUGUUGACGUCGUGACGAAAGAGGUUACGGAUAUCGUGGGCCCCGGAAGCAUUGGAGGAGCUGGCGGACAGGAUAUUGGACGACUGGGAGGGGUUGGUGCUAGCAUGAGCUAUAUAGGCAUGGGCGGAGCAGCACCUAAACCCCUUGCGACUAGGUUGUGUGAAGGCCAGAUCUUACUUGCAAAAGACGUCAACACCCACUUUGUCGACACGGAUGGAAACGCUCUAAGGCGCCGUCAGAUUCCUUGGACUGUCACUCCUGAAGCUGUUGGAUACUCGUACCCGUACCUACUGGCACUGCAGGAUCCGUCCAAGGGUAUCUUAGAGGUGCGGAAUCCGGAAACCUUGUCUCUUCUUCAAUCGGUUUCGCUCCCCUCAGCUACCAUGAUGCACAUCCCACAGCCGAACAUUAGCCUUGCUCAUGCAGGAAAGGGGUUCCUAGUAGGCAGCGGGCGUGUUAUCUGGCGAAUGAGUGCUCUGGGUUACGACUCCCAAAUAGACUGCUUGGUUGAGCAAGACCACCUCGAUGAGGCGAUAAGUCUGCUUGGAAUGCUAGAAGAUGCCCUUCUAAAUGACAAGGAGGGCAGAUUACGGGAGAUUAAGCUACGCAAGGCUCAGACUCUAUUCAACAAGCAGAAAUAUCGCAAGUCAUUGGACUUGUUCACAGAAGUUACAGCUCCCCCAGAGAUUGUCAUCCGGCUGUUCCCCAAACUCAUCGCAGGUGAUUUAUCCUCUAUAGAAGAAGAAGACAAUACCUCGCAAGUAAACUCUGAAGAAUCAGAGGAGAAUUCCACACGUCCGGCCAAUGGUACUAGCAUCAACAGCGCCGACCCGCCCACACCGGAUGACAAGCCAAAGGUCAAAAAUGGGACUUAUGCGCCAUCCGUAACAUCGUUUCUAAGAGGGAAGACAGAUGAUGCUAGUGAGACUGGAAGCAUGCGUGGUAAACCCGCAGACAUGAAAGAGCCCGACAAGCGGCUUGAAGGAAAAGAUUUAAAGGCAGCGGUUUACGAGCUCCAGGGAUUUCUCGCAGAUAUUCGCAGAAGACUCUCCAGGUUCAUUAGCCCUGAUGGUACCCUCAAGCCUCCCUCCAUCACCGUCGAUCAAUCUGAUGAAUCCACGCAAUCCAUGCUGAAGACCCUGGGAAUCACUUCCGAUGACAUGGAGAGUGUCGAUAUGGGCCAAAAGCUGCGUGAAACCGCCACCUUGGUCGACACUACCCUCUUCAGAGCCCUCAUGUUUGCAACACCAACAUUAGCAGGCUCACUAUUCCGCAUCGACAACUUCUGUGAUCCCGAAGUGGUAAUGGAGAAACUAGAGCAGACCGCUCGAUACGGCGACCUGAUCGACUUCCUAUUUGGAAAACGACUUCAUCGCUCUGCACUGGAGCAGCUCAAGAAGUUCGGGCAAAGAGAGAACGAGGAAGAGACCUCCCCAGAAUUACAUGGACCUAAACGAACAGUCGCAUAUUUACAGAAUUUACCUCCGGAUAUGAUCGAUCUGAUUUUAGAAUUUGCCGAAUGGCCGUUGCGGAGUGACCCAAAACUGGGUAUGGAGAUCUUCCUUGCUGAUACAGAGAAUGCAGAGACGUUGCCGCGUGAGCGAGUUCUGGAGUUCCUUAACAAGAUCGAUUCGAAGCUUGCAAUUAGGUAUUCGGAACAUGUCAUCGAUGAACUAAAUGAUAUGACGCCGGAUAUACAUCAGCGGCUGUUGAUAAUGUAUCUCGAGCAGCUGCUACAGAGCAAGAAGUCUAAUGAUGUAUUCGCCAACGAAGACGAGAUGGGAGCAUGCAAGCGUAAGCUUCUAAAGAUGCUCGAGACAAGCGAACAGUAUUCUCCCGCCAGAAUGCUCGAUCGACUUCCAAGGGAUGAUCCAGAAUUCUUCGAGCCAAGGGCAGUUACAUUAAGUAAAAUGGGCCAACACAAACAGGUUCUGGAGAUUUACGUGUUUAAGCUGAAUAACCCAGCAAAGGCCGAAGAGUACUGCAAUCGAACUCAUUUGCAAGAUGAUACAUAUACCAAGCAACGGGCAGUCCCAUACGGAAGUUCUCCCGCAAUUGAGGAUGAGGAGAGCCGUCCUUCUAUCUACCACACGCUCCUCUCCUUGUACUUGUCACCACCCCAUGGUUAUGAGCCAAGAUAUGGCCCUGCAAUUGAGAUCCUUGCACGACAUGGCUCCCGGCUGCCAGCUAGCUCAACCCUUGACCUUAUCCCGGGCACGCUCCCCAUCCAUGAUUUAGAAUUCUACUUCCGCGGCCGUAUCCGCGCGGCAAACUCCAUCCUGAACCAAGGACGAAUUAUCUCCUCGUUGCAAAGGAUUCAAAAUAUGGAGACCGAAGCGUCGUUGCGGUUGGGUGACGAGGUUGGCGGCGGUAAUAACAGGGGUCGAAACCGCUGCAUCACUGUUAGUGAAGAUCGGGUGUGCAGUCACUGCCAUAAACGGUUGGGCGGGAGUGUUAUCAGUGUGUUUCCAAAGUAA